UUGUGAUUUGUGCGUAAAGUAGCGUAACCUGAGUAGCCAUUCAUCGAUAAAUUAAUUAUUUCUAUAUGAAUUUGCAAUGGUAAACCUACAUUUUCGUACAACUCUGUAGUGUUAAUUUGUGAGUGCGUUUUGUGCUGUAGUGAUAUAAUCCUGGAUUAAAAAAUGAUAACAAAAAUGCAGCCACAAACAAACGUAGCCGUGCCGCAGUCUGUCACGACGCAGCCUCAACAAAUCGUCGGUGUCCCCGCAAAUGCUGUGAUCUUGAAAAUGACCGAUAUACAACAAAUUUCCACAGUGGGGCUUCUGGAGCUGGCGCAUAGGGAAUACCAAGCCGGGGACUACGAUAGCGCAGAACUGCAUUGUAUGCAAUUAUGGCGACAGGACGGGACAAACACUGGAGUUCUUCUACUAUUGUCGUCCAUACACUUUCAGUGCAGACGAUUGGACAAAUCAGCGCACUUUUCCACCUUGGCCAUCAAACAGAACCCAUUAUUAGCGGAAGCUUACAGCAAUCUGGGUAAUGUGUACAAGGAGAGAGGACAGCUGCAAGAGGCUCUGGAGAACUACCGUCAUGCGGUGAGGCUGAAGCCCGACUUCAUUGAUGGUUACAUCAACUUGGCGGCUGCUCUCGUAGCCGCUGGGGACAUGGAGCAAGCCGUACAGGCUUACGUCACAGCUUUGCAGUACAACCCUGAGCUGUACUGUGUCAGGAGCGACUUGGGCAAUUUGCUCAAAGCUCUGGGACGGCUCGACGAGGCCAAGGCUUGUUAUUUGAAGGCUAUCGAAACGAGGCCUGACUUUGCAGUGGCAUGGAGUAAUUUAGGAUGCGUGUUCAACGCGCAAAGUGAAAUCUGGCUGGCGAUCCAUCACUUUGAGAAGGCCGUGGCUUUGGAUCCGAAUUUCUUGGACGCUUACAUCAAUUUGGGGAAUGUACUCAAGGAGGCUAGGAUUUUUGAUAGAGCGGUGGCGGCGUACUUACGUGCACUGAAUCUCUCGCCCAACAACGCGGUAGUACACGGCAAUUUAGCAUGCGUGUACUACGAACAAGGCCUGAUCGACCUGGCCAUAGAUACGUACAGGCGGGCCAUAGAACUGCAACCAAAUUUCCCAGAUGCGUAUUGUAACCUCGCCAAUGCGUUAAAAGAGAAGGGCCAAGUAGCAGACGCAGAGGAAUGCUAUAACACGGCUUUGAGGCUCUGCCCCUCCCAUGCCGAUUCUCUCAACAAUCUCGCUAACAUCAAACGCGAGCAAGGCUACAUUGAGGAAGCAACGCGACUCUAUCUGAAGGCACUAGAAGUGUUCCCAGAGUUCGCAGCGGCGCAUAGCAAUCUGGCGUCAGUUUUACAACAGCAGGGAAAACUCAAUGAAGCCCUCAUGCAUUAUAAGGAGGCUAUCCGCAUCCAGCCCACUUUUGCUGAUGCGUACAGCAACAUGGGAAAUACAUUGAAGGAAAUGCAAGAUGUAGCUGGCGCAUUGCAGUGCUAUACACGAGCAAUCCAAAUAAACCCAGCAUUCGCUGAUGCUCACAGCAAUCUGGCUAGUAUUCACAAGGACUCAGGGAACAUUCCAGAAGCUAUACAGUCGUAUAGGACAGCUUUGAAGCUGAAACCUGACUUCCCAGACGCGUACUGUAACUUAGCGCAUUGUCUGCAAAUUGUUUGCGACUGGACUGAUUAUGAGGCGAGAAUGAAGAAGCUAGUAAGCAUAGUAGCUGAACAGUUAGAGAAGAAUAGGCUCCCAUCGGUCCAUCCUCAUCAUUCGAUGUUGUAUCCUCUGACGCAUGAGUUCAGAAAGGCUAUAGCCGCGCGUCACGCCAAUCUCUGCUUGGAGAAGGUCCAAGUACUCCACAAACCUGCUUACAAGUUCCCACGUGAUAUCAACGGCCGCCUGCGUAUCGGUUACGUCAGUAGCGACUUCGGUAACCAUCCCACCUCCCAUCUGAUGCAGUCCGUCCCUGGACUACACGAUCACAGCAAAGUCGAGAUCUUCUGCUACGCUCUAAGCCCAGACGAUGGCACGACCUUCAGAUCUAAAAUCGCGAGAGAGGCCGAACAUUUCAUCGAUCUCUCCCAAAUUCCGUGCAACGGCAAAGCGGCCGAUAAGAUCUAUUCUGACGGAAUUCACAUUCUGGUCAACAUGAAUGGGUACACCAAGGGAGCGAGGAACGAAAUCUUCGCGCUGCGACCCGCUCCUGUCCAAGUUAUGUGGUUGGGCUACCCAGGAACUAGCGGAGCGAGCUACAUGGACUAUUUGAUCACUGAUGCUGUGACAUCACCCCUGGAACUGGCCAGCCAGUAUAGCGAGAAACUCGCGUAUAUGCCUCACACGUACUUCGUUGGUGAUCACAAGCAAAUGUUCCCGCAUCUACAAGAGAGACUGAUUCUUAGUGACAAGAUCAAAUCCCACAACAACUUGGGCAGCCUAGCGGAUAAUGUGGCGGUCAUAAAUGCCACCGAUUUGUCACCCCUGGUCGAGAACACAGACAUUAAGGAAAUAAAGGAGAUUGUCAGGGCUGCGAGACCAGUGGAAAUUUCCCUCAAGGUCGCAGAGCUACCGACGACUACGCCUAUUGAAACUAUGAUUGCUUCUGGACAAGUUCAGACUUCGGUGAAUGGAGUGAUACUACAGAACGGAUUGGCGACGACACAAACUAACAACAAGGCUGCUACUGGCGAAGAGGUACCACAAUCCAUCGUGAUCACAACCCGCCAGCAAUACGGGCUGCCGGACGACGCGGUGGUGUACUGCAACUUCAACCAGCUGUACAAGAUCGACCCGCUGACUCUGCACAUGUGGGUGCACAUACUGAAGCACGUGCCCAACUCCGUGCUGUGGCUGCUCCGGUUCCCAGCUGUGGGUGAACCCAACUUGCAGUCGACGGCUCAGCAGCUGGGUCUCCCACCCGGCCGCAUAAUAUUCUCCAAUGUGGCGGCCAAAGAGGAGCACGUGAGACGAGGGCAGCUGGCUGACGUGUGCCUCGACACACCGCUGUGCAACGGUCACACAACCAGCAUGGAUAUACUAUGGACCGGCACGCCCGUCGUCACGCUGCCCGGCGAGACGCUCGCGUCACGUGUGGCGGCGUCUCAACUGAACACACUUGGAUGCCCUGAGCUCAUUGCACGGACAAGACAGGAGUAUCAGGACAUUGCUGUGAGACUGGGAACUGAUAGGGAAUAUCUCAAAGCUAUCCGCGCCAAAGUAUGGGCGGCUCGCACGGAGAGUCCGCUCUUCGACUGCAAAGCAUACGCCACUGGUCUCGAGAUGCUGUACAACAGAAUGUGGUCUCGGCAUGCGCGCAACGAGAGACCGGACCACGUACAGGCGAUAGACCAGUAAAUUAGAAGACCAUGAAUAGACUAGACGGAAUAUGGUCAUAGCAGUAUCGUUAAAGCAAAAGACUAAUUUACAUUAAGGUAAUGUCUAUCACAAUGUUGUAUGGAAAGAGACUAGAGAAAAUGACAGAUGGCAAAGUCGUUUUAUAAAGGACGAAAGAAAAUUACUAGAAGUCUUUGUUAGACGAAAACAUAAUAGUUGCUAUAGUGUUACAAAUACUAAAAGCGAAUGGCUUGUUUGGUAAGAUUAUAUCUACAAUCUAUAAGACUUUAACCUUUCUCCAAAAAGUAGGUUAUUUGAGGAGAGAUACUGCUAUGAUCAUAGUUUCCGUUUGCCCAGUGAAGUGAGUGAGUUUUGGACACCAGUGUGAUAAACAUACAUUCAGACCUGUGCAGAGUGUUAAUGUUUAUGUAGACAUCGCUUGGUUAUCCCUAGAGUUGAUUAAUGAAAUCUAUACUCUGUAGGACAAUUAUCAGUAUUUAAUACUUUAGGUAUUGAAACUAAAUGUCUUGACGAAGUCUAGGUGUAAGGAAUUGUAUUCAAAACACUCGAAAAAAUAGUUUGACUUAUUAUUCAAGACUAUAGUGUAUUUUGUUUUUUUUUUUCUGUCGGUAACAGUUUCAAAGAAGUUAAAUUGUUCUCACAUUAAAUCUUUACCUCAUAUUGUAGUACUACUACUACUAAUGUGUUGAUAAUCUCUGAAAUCUUGAUAAUCAAAUGUGAUUAUAAUUGAUACAAUAAUGCAUUUAUGAUUGGCAUUAUGAGGAUAUAAUAUGACUAAACGUGGAACACCUUGGAUGCGAAUGAGUCAAAAUAGUUUACAAAUAAAAUUCUUGAAAACAAAGGAUGCAGUAUGGGUGCAAAUAUUUUGCAAUGCAUUGUCUUUUUAUUUAUAAACAAUUGAUUGUAAACUUGCAAUGUUGAGUGAAGAAUGUAAAAUGAUUUAAAGUCGAGAAAUAUAUUUGCAAAUCGUAAUAUGAGACAUUUGGAAAUAGGUUGAUAUUAAUUAAUAAUACUUGAAAUACAUUCUACACAAUCCUGUAAUUAAAGAAUUAUCCCUGUGUAUGCAGAUAUAGUUAAAGCAAAGUUUUGUCUUUAAUAUGUUAGUAAAAUAGCUUGACAAUUGACAUACAAGGUUGUAAUUGUAUGGACUUUUGUAAUAACUUUAUCAUACAUAUUUUGUUUUCACAAGGAGAUUUCUUUUGUAAAGAGAAAUAUACAAUUUACUAUGUUAUAUGAAUUCUAUGAUAAAUGAGUUGGUUCCUCUACUCGAUAUAAAGUAGAUAUACUUAGGUGUGAAUGUGCGAAAGGAACAUCGAAUUAAAAUUUACAAAGAUUAUUUUGAUUACGCGAAUAAAUGGACUUGUAAAUAUAUGUAUGUGUGUUUAAUAGGAUAGUUCCGUUGGAAUAGUUUUCUUCCGUGUUAUCAAAUGAACUGUUAAUCUAUUUGUAAUGGAUUAAUCAUCACGAUGCAUAAAUAUUACUUUAUCCAUAUCUUUUUGCCAUAAAAAUAGUUUUAUUAUAUUUUUUAAAAUAAUCUUAUUGACAACAGGAACAUUCGCAAAACAAGUUCUGUCUUGGAUAACUCCCAUGUCAAUAAGUUGAAAGUAUCGUUGGUUUAGAAGGAAUGUAAUAUUUAUGUAUUUAAAUUACAUUAAAAUAAUUUAAAGACUUGACUUUGAUUUUAGUUGAAAGUAGAAUAAUAUGCGAAUAUUUGUUUGCAUAUGAACACAAAUUGUUUGCAAUUUUGGAUAUUUCGAGCAUUAUUUUUUGGUAUUUUUUGUUUUAUUAUGAUUGCAGUGUUUCAUCAUGAUUUUUGUAUUUAUUUAUAAGAAAACGAAAAGGUUAAGAAGUUGGAGUAACUUGUUUUAUGUAAGUUAUUGAAGUGACUGUCUCGUUAUUGUGAAAAUAUUGAAAAUGUGAUAUUAGCGAGCCAUUAAUUUUAAUAUAUAAGCUACUGUAGGCUCCUAUACAAUAUUGUGACAAGUUUGUAAGCUUGCAGACGUCAUAGUUUUACUUUGCGUUUUUAGUUUUAAACUGUAAAUAUUAUUGUAAUGUAAGCUAUAUAUUGUUGAAUAAUAUGUAUGAAU